CUGUGGUACGAGGGCUGCGUGGUGCAAGGGUUGAAAGAGCAGCGAUUCCCAGGCUUACCUGGAAAAAAUGCAGUUCAGUGGUAGACGGAAAUUGUUAAGACUUGCGGGUGACAGACGAGGAGAAGUAUAUCCUCACAGCCUUCAGUUCUACCUGCAACCUCCUACCGAAAAUAUCUCUCUAGCGGAAUUUGAAAAUUUUGCUGUUGAUAGACUUAAAUUGCUUAAAGUUGUUGAGAAUCUAGGUGUGAGUUAUGUGAAGAAUUCUCCAAAUUAUGUGCAAAAGCUGGAAGCAGAACUUCGAAAACUUAAAUUUCCAUAUAGAGCAUUGAUUGAGGAUGAUUAUGAUGCAAGAAGAAAAGAUCACAUUUCUCAUUUCAUACUGCGUCUUGCCUACUGCCAAUCGGAAGAUCUCAGACGGUGGUUUAUCCAACAAGAAAUGGACCUCUUCCGCUACAGAUUCCAUCAGUUAAAUGACCAGUUGGUUGGAAAAUUCCUUGAAUAUGUUAAUUUGGCAUAUGAUGCUAUUGAUGCAACUGAAAAGACCAGUAUUACAGACAAGUUAGUUAAUUCGACUCCUGGCUUCAUUGAUAAGAAAGUUGGAGAAAUGGUCUUCUAUAAGGUUCCUUUCUGUGAUGCAGUGGAUUUAGUUCGUGUAAGAAGAGUUUACUUUCAUGGCGGCUAUGCUUAUGUACCUCAUCAGGAUAUUAUUUCCAUUGUCUUGAACAAUUACAGAACGCAGCUCUCAAAAGCUCUGGCACUGACAGCGCGAUCUUUGCCCAUUGUACAAGCUGAUGAGAGACUUCAGCCUCUACUCAGUCACCUCAGCCAUGCAUAUGUUGGUCCAGAUUACAACGUUCAAAAAAAUACUGGAAAAAUUUCAUUGGAACAAAUUGAUGCUCUUUCGGUUAAAUCAUUUCCCCUCUGCAUGCGUCAGCUGCACAAAAGUUUGCGUGAUAACCAUCAUCUACGUCAUGGAGGCCGUAUGCAAUAUGGUUUGUUUCUAAAGGGUAUUGGUUUGACACUAGAACAAGCUCUGCAGUUUUGGAAGUCUGAGUUCAUCAAAGGAAAAAUAGAUGCAGACAAGUUUGACAAAGGAUAUGCUUACAGCAUCCGGCAUAACUAUGGAAAAGAAGGAAAGCGAACUGAUUAUACUCCAUUCAGCUGCAUGAAAAUUAUCCUGUCCAAUCCACCAGGCCAAGGGGAUUAUCAUGGGUGCCCGUUCCGCCAUAGUGACCCUGAACUACUGAAGCAGAAGCUGCAGGCGUAUAAAAUUCCUUCCGCUGGGAUCAGUCAGAUUUUGGACCUGGUGAAGGGCGUGCAUUACCAGCUGGCCUGUCAGAAAUACUUUGAACUGACACACAACGUUGAUGAUAUUGGGUGGUCUUUAAACCAUCCUAAUCAGUAUUUUAUAGAGAGUCAACAGCUACUUAGUGGCAUCAAAGAAAUCAAGAAAGAACAAAGGCAACCCGAAAACUCUCAGCCAAAACAAAGCAGCCAGAAAAGUAUAAACACAGCCGCCACUGCCACCACCACCACCACCACCACCACCUGCUCCUCUUUAAAUACCAUGGAAGAAAUGGAGCUGGAGGGACUGGACGAUUGCUUUACUGAAGAUUAAGGAGCACAUUUUCCUAUUUCUGUCCUUUGAAGUUGAUUUCUUCUGAGAUUGAGGCGCUAGCAUUGAGGUGAACAGUGUGGGGUGGGGUGGGGAUCUCUUGCAUUAAAGGGACAUAUGUUUAGUAUAAAAAAGAAAAGGACCUUGUGAUUACACCCAGCCAAAUAACUGUUGCUUCUGUUAUGAAAGGAAAGCACCUUGAAUGGCAUGGGAACUGCAAAGAAGCUUGCAAUGUUGGUUUAUGUGGCAGUAUGUCACAUUUUUAGUUUUGGGCAAUCAUUUGUUCUAGCCUUCAUAUCCUGUGCUCAUUAUUCUUCCUCUCAACUGUGCUUUUAAAAAAUAAAUCAGAUUCUGAAAUAUAAAUAGUGUGUAGUUGCUUGUACCCUAGGCGAUACCUUCUAGAUAUAUUCAUAACAGUUUAUUUAUUGCACUUAGAAGCAUGUAGAAGUUUUCUUCUGUGAUUCAGAUUACGACGAUGAAUAUUUGAAAAACAGCCUAUGAUAUCAUGAAAUAGGGUUCCAGACUAGGAUCUUGGAGGUUCAAGUCUCCACUCUGCCAUAAA